AUGGCUUUCCCAGCGCUCUGGCUCGUUGUGGUCGCCUUCUCCAACUUCCGCCUGACUGACGGGAGCAACCGGCACGCUGUGUACUGGAACAGCUCCAACAUACAUUUGCGGAGAGAGGGCUACACUGUGCAGGUCAACGUCAAUGACUACCUGGACAUCUACUGCCCGCACUACAGCACAAGCCAGCGAGGGAUGCUAGAGCGUGGUGUGGCUGAGCAGUAUGUACUUUACAUGGUUAACUACCGUGGCUAUCGCACCUGUGACCCACACAUGGGCUUCAAGCGUUGGGAGUGCAACCGCCCACACGCACCACACGCACCAAUCAAAUUCUCGGAGAAGUUUCAGCGCUACAGUGCCUUCUCGCUUGGCUAUGAGUUCAACGUGGGCCAUGAGUAUUAUUAUAUAUCCACACCCACCCAUCACAUUGGUCACAGCUGUCUCAGACUGAGGGUAUUCGUGUGCUGUUCGACACUUUCAUAUGCAGGUGAUGAUGCAGAGCAAAACCCUCCUGAGUACACAGCCAGACCUAAAAUGCACAACAUCGAUGAGUUUAACCAUAACGUCCCCAAACUGGAGAAGAGCGUCAGCGGCAGUAGUCCCUCUCGAGAUCGACUGUUGAUGACUGUUGUGAUGUUACUCCUGGGUGGCCUUCUCAUCUCUUAG